ACUGCUAGGCUAAUGAACAUGUUCAUAUAUAUACAUAGAAAUUAAACUCAAGUUCCAUAUCUAAUAUCUAAAAUGGAUCUGAAUUCUAGCAUGAAUGGAAAGGUUUGUGUGACAGGUGCAUCAGGAUUUGUAGCUUCUUGGCUUGUCAAAAGACUUUUGGAAUCAGGAUGUCAUGUGAUAGGCACUGUGAGAGACCCAGAAAAUACCAAGAAAGUGUUGCAUCUCUGGGGAUUAGAAGGGGCAAAGGCGAGACUACAACUAGUGAAGGCUGAGCUCACAAUAGAGGGAAGCUUUGACAGUGCAGUCAUGGGUUGUGAAGGUGUAUUUCACACUGCAUGUCCUGUUGUUCAAGGGCCUAUAUCCGAUCCAAAGUUAGAAAUCCUAGAUCCUGCAAUUAGUGGCACAUUGAAUGUAUUGGGAUCACGCAAGAAGGACACAAGUCUGAAGAGAGUUGUUUUUACAUCUUCUUCAUCAACGAUCAGAGUGAUUUCAAACGUUGAUCCAAAUGUACCUUUGGAUGAGUCAUCAUGGAGCGAUGUUGAAUUAUGUGAAACACUUCAGUUCUGGUAUGCAUUAGCGAAAAUGCAAUCAGAAAAGGCAGCAUGGGAAUUUGCAAAGGAAAACAAGAUAGACCUUGUGGUUGUCAUCCCUUCAUUUGUGAUUGGACCUUGUUUGCCUCAUGACUUGUGCUUAACUGCUUCAGAUGUUCUUGGUCUUCUAAAAGGAGAAGCAGAGAGGUUCUCAUUGUAUGGGAGAAUGGGUUACGUCCACAUCGACAAUGUUGCCCGUUGCCAUAUUUUAGUAUUCGAGGACACCAGUGCCGAAGGGAGGUAUCUUUGUAGCUCAAUUGUACUGGAUAACCAUGAGUUAGUUGCUCAACUUUCUGAAAGAUAUACAUGGCUGCCCAUCCCAAAGAGGUUUGAAGACUAGUAUAUUUAUUUAUACUAGUGACCUUCACAUUGCUUUGAAGUCAAUAUUACUUCUUCUGUUUAAUGCUAAUGUUAU